AUGAGUUAUCCAAAUUCAGAUUAUAUGACUAUGAUGAAAAAUAAAUAGUAAUAGCAAUAAUAAUAGUAGUAAUAAUUUUAGUAAUAGUUUUGUUAUCCUAUGAUGUAAAAUAUUUUUUAUAUAAUUUUUAAAGGACACCUUAACCUUGGAAUUAUUGGAUGAUGUAAUAAUAAUUCCAACAAGUACCUUAAAUGUAGAUGUCUCCAAUGUUAGGAUAAUAAUAAAUGAUAUCUCCUGUAUCACCUUUGAAUGUUUCAAUAAUUCCUCCCUAAUUUUUGUUGCAACCUCAAUAAAAUCAAAACAAAUUAUCAUUAUCCCAAUCUUAACCACUCUAGAAUAAAUAAUAUGUUGAAGUAAAUGGAACAAAAGUUAAAAUGAAUAUUAAGUUAAUCAAAGAUGAUGAUGAUAUGUUAGAUUAUGAUGAAAUCAAAAAGGAAAAAUAAAAAAGAAACAAUUCAAUAAACAAAAAGAAAUGA